AUGAGUGUCGAUCGAGUUGACUUGCUUGACACGUCUAACGUUGAAGUUGAAAACGGAUCUUUGGAGCGUCUGCGCGCUCUCUUCGCCGAGUAUCAAGCCACGAAAGGCGGCGAUUCUGCCGCUCAGAGAAACGAAUUUCCAUCGGCAGGUAACGACAACGCCGUGCAGCAACGCGGGAGUCAGGGUGCUGUCAUCAGUUACAAGGACGAUCAUGGUGCUGGCGUUCGCAUUACCGUCAGUGGCAAUUCUACCGGGCUGACUUUCGACAGCGCCGGGGCUGCAUCGACCACCAACUUGCAGCAAAUACUGGCGCUGGAUAGCAUCGUUUCGCACGGGGUUGAAAAUGGCGGAGUUGGCAGCGCCAGCAUCAGUAUUCCUGCUUGUGGCGGCGAUAGCGACACUGUGUUGGUGGCCAGCGGCACGGGAGACAGCGAUGGUUCAUACCUUUCCGGAAUACCACAGGCCACCCUUAACGAACCCGAGUCUCCUGCUUUUUCUGAAGCUGAAACGCCCACUCGGCACGACCGUAUCUCUUCAACAACCAUCAUUGCGAUUGACCGGAGGCGCUUCACCCUCUGCGGUGCAGCCAGCUUCAGCAGCAAUGCAGCCGGAGGUAUCGACAGUUUCCAAAGCCGCGGACAACCUAAAGCCUUCGAAGAGAAAGAAAUACGGGAUAAGGCAGAAGGGUAA